AGAUGCGACCGUCUCUUCCGCGUUUAAUCCGGAUCGUUCCUCGGGCUACCAUAACCGCCCCAGAGGCCAUCAUUGAGGAGGUUCCCCGAGAGCUCACAAAGCGUCCGACACUCUACGAAAUCCUGUCAAAACGCAGGAUUGAUGCUGGAGCGAGCUACCCAUCAAAUAUCCGUCUCGAGCCUCCAUUGACCAAGGAAAUGUUCGCGGCAGUGAAGCCAUGGAAGGUCAGACCAUUGAAGAACAUGGUGAGGGAACGGUGAUAUCGUGCUGUUCAUGGAGCCUCCACGUCUAACCUUGACAUGAUAUUGCACUUCUCCUUGCCAUUACUUUCGUCUUGUCCUUGGAAUAGAGUCACUUCCCCUUGCACCCUACAUCUCAUGCUGUAUCUUCAACCUCUUAUGCAACUUGGUCCGAGUAUUGAAC